AUGGAAACAAAGAAAAUUCUCAAAAAGCAGGACAAGCUUAGGAGGAAGCUCUAGGAGAAGCAAAAGAAGCUAGAAAAAGAGGAGAAGAAGCCAGUCAAAGUUGAGGAUUCUGAUAGCGAUUCAGAGCCUGAAGUAGAGCAAGUCAGAGAUAAAAAGGAGAGAAGGUUGUCAGCAGUAAGUGAUAAGCAAAGUGAGAAAGAUAAUAUCAAAAUCGAUGCAAAUGAAGAAGAGAAAGAAGUAGACGAUAAAGCAGACAAAUAUUUCUCAAGCCUUGAAUUCAAAGACUUGCCAUUGAGUGAGCAAACUUUAAAGGCAGUAGACAUGCUUGGCUUUAAAAAGGCCACUGAGAUUUAAGCCAGAUCCAUUCCUCACGUUCUUAAUGGUAGAGAUGUCCUCGGUGCUGCUAAGACUGGUUCAGGAAAGACAUUAGCUUUUAUGAUCCCAGCUGUAGAGAUGCUUCACAAGGCUCAGUUCACUUAGAAAAAAGGCACAGGAGUAUUGAUCAUUGCUCCAACUAGGGAAUUAGCAAUGUAAAACUAUAAAUGGGCGAGAGACACUCUUUAAUACCAUAAUAAAACUCACGGAGUUGUAAUUGGAGGAGCAAAGAGAUCAUCUGAGGCUAACAUGCUGAAGAAGGGAGUAAAUCUAUUGGUAGCCACUCCAGGUAGACUCUUAGAUCAUCUGUAGAACACCUAGGGCUUCGUAUUUCACAAUCUAUCGAUGCUGAUUAUUGAUGAAGCAGAUGCUAUAUUGAAGAUAGGCUUUGAAGAGGAGAUGAACCAGAUUAUCAAACUCUUGCCUAAAGAAAGAGUCACUUGUCUGUUCUCUGCAACUAUGACUAAGAAGGUUGAGGAUCUCUGCAGACUGUCUCUAAAGAAUCCAGUUCUCAUUGAAGUGAGCAAGGACUCAAGUACCUCUACAGUAUCGAAUCUAGAGUAGGGCUAUGUAGUCAUUGAUCCAGCAAAGAAAUUCCAACUUCUAUUUACUUUCCUUAAGAAGAAUCUGAAGAAGAAGGUCAUGGUGUUUAUGUCAUCAUGCAACGCAGUCAAGUUCUACUCUGACCUGCUGAAUUAUGUAGACAUUCCAGUAAAGGACAUUCAUGGAAAGCAAAAGCAAUAGAAGAGAACUUCAACUUACUUUGAGUUCUGCCAGGCUGAAACUGGUAUUCUACUAUGCACAGAUGUAGCCUAGAGAGGUCUUGACUUUCCAUCAGUUGAUUGGAUUAUUCAAUACGACCCACCCGAUGAUCCAGAAGAUUACAUUCACAGAGUUGGUCGUACAGCCAGAGGAGCAGACGGCAAGGGUAGAGCUCUGCUGUUCUUAUUGGAGCACGAGAUUGGUUUCUUGAGGUACUUGAGACUAUCUAAGAUCAAGCCAAACGAGUAUGAAUUCCCUGAGAAUAAACUAGCUACAAUCCAAGACUAAUUCAUGAAGCUUAUUGAGAGAAAUUACUAUCUGAACUGCUCAGCUAAGGAUGGCUAUAGAUCAUUCCUUCAAGCUUAUGCCUCUCAUAAGCAAAGAGAGAUAUUUGAUGUCAACCAGCUGGACUUACAGAAACUAGCUUAGUCAUUUGGUCUAGCAGCACCACCAAGAGUAAACUUGAAUGUUAAGGUGCAGGGAAGAACAGUUAGAAAGAAUAAACUAAAGGAGCAGCUAGGAAAGAGAGCCAAGCCAGAGUUCAGAAGAGAUAAUAAAUCCAGCGAUUCAAGGCAGUUUUCUUAUUGA